AUGUCUGAUGAAUUUCAAAGUGGAGGUAAUGUAUCGUCUUACGUUCGACCUAUUCAGGCUGGUAGCGUGAAAAAAGGUUCUUUUGCGAUGCUUAAGGGCCGACCAUGCAAAGUUGUCGAUAUCAGCACUUCGAAAACCGGAAAACAUGGUCACGCUAAAGCGUCAAUAGUUGGUAUAGAUAUAUUUACUGGUAAAAAAUACGACGGUAAUUUUCCAACUUCCCACAACAUGGAAGAACCAAUUGUAACAAGAACUCAAUACGUAAUCAUUCACUGGGAAGAUGACGUUUUGCAUUUGUUAGACAGUUCUGGAGCCGUCAGAAUGGACCUUACUUGGCCAGUCGGACGUGACGACAAAGUACUUGAAGAAUGGAAAAAACAAUUAGCUGAAGGAAACACACCUACUGUCACUGUUCUCUCUUCUUGCGGAGAAGACAAAGUGAUUGGACCCAAUGAUAAAUAA